GGAAGAUGAAGUAUUGUAUUGUAAUAAAAUGUAUACUCGAUUAACCGGGCUAAUGCCGGGAAAGCAGUUCAGAGAUAAUUGAAAUACGUGGAUAAUCCAAACUAUCAGUUUUCGGGCAUAUUUUCGCUUCAGAAACCGAACAAGGAGCAACAGAAGUAGUGGCAGUAGUGACAAUCUAUCCCUGACUGGUGACGGCUCGCCUGUGAGUUCUAUGAAGAGUAUGUCUAACGAAGAUUCCAGAAAUUCAUCGCGGGGUUCCCAAAGUUGUUUUCAGAUGAAAAUUCCAUCUGUGGAACCUCGAAGUAUUACCAAACUUUCUGAAUCGCCCACUCUUAGCACACAACUGUCUACAAGUAGCCACUCUUCUGCUGCUUCCCGCGAUUCGUGGAAAGUAGCGUCUUUGCGAAGAGAAAUAGAAAUGUUAAAAGCGGAGCUGAUCCAGUCUCGUCAUAAUAUUGAAUGUUUUCAAGAACGGGAAAGUAAAAUGAAAGACAGAUUGGCGGAGCAAGCACGAAUGAUGUUGGACAGGGGAAUGAGGUUUGAAAAUGUUGCUCUAGGAGAUAGGAGACCUACAGCUCUAAUACGACGUUACGGUAAUUUGUAUGCCCAGUCCAGAGUAGACACUCUAGAUGCCUUGGAUAGUAUUCCAGAGCUAGAGCACGCUCACGACUUAAAAUCCAAACUUUUGUUUUCUGCCGUAGUUCUGUCUUUUCGAUCUGUUCAUAAUACUAUUUGUGACAUCAAAUCCCGUAUAAGGCAUAUUCUACAGAUUCCAGACGACAGAGAGAGACCAGCAGACCCAGCAGUCCGAGACUUGGAUCUCUACAUUAGCAAUUAUCUGAAACAUUCUGCCGAUAGAUUUGACCUAAGGAAGAAUUUCGAAGAAGUUCUUUCUCAAAUUUUUGCAACAUUAUACGAUUACCCAGCGCUAAAGAACUGCGAAGGACUCAAGCAUUAUGUGAAAGACUGUGUUCGAUUAGCAUGGAGCUUGUCCAAUCAGUACCCAUCAUUCAUCAUUGAGUAUGAUGCCAGAACUUUCCGUAGGGACCUUCAUGUUCGUUUCCAUUCAUCCAAUCAAGAAUCUGAUCAUAUCAAGACAUACUUAUGGCCCACUCUCUUAGAAGGAAGAAAUGGGCCUUGUGUUCAUAAAGGUGUUGUGAUUACAUGAUCCUAUACCUUCUGAAGGAAAUGAAGAUUCCGUUCGUUUACACACGCUAUUUAUUUUACACAUAUAUAUGUACAUAUAUUUGGAAUGAUACAUAUUUCUCUCUAGUAAGAUUUUGAUAUACAAUGAAUUUAUAUAUUCAUUAUAGAAGCAGGUUAAGGAAAAGACAUUUCUAGUAUCUUUAAAUAUAAAAAAUUUCCGGAAUAAGCUGUUUGGAAUGCUGCAUAUCAUCUAUAAGAAAGUAAAAUGUUAGCCUUUUUGUACAACAAUUCACAAAUAUGAAAUCUGUGUUGACAUUUUUAUACAUUAUCACUUUACCUCUGAGCAUCGUUGCAAUGAAUUUUUAUACAUCAUUGAAUGAUUAGACAGAAUAAUAGCAUUUUUUAUACACGGGAAAUAAAAUAAUUUUCUCAAAACUUCUCUUGUUCCUUCAUUUUCUUGAAGUGAAACAUCUAAAUUAGUUUACUGAAAUUCAAGCAGGAUGUAAAUAUUAAACCACUCCUUAAAUAUCUAUGAUAGUCCACAAGUGUUCCCUUUAACGAUGAUCAAUAUGUAUUUGAAAGCUGCAUUUAAAAAAUGGUCAAAGCGUAUACAUCUGUGAACCGGAAUAUAUAAUUUAAGAUCUUUUAAACCAACUGCGCCGUUCUUUACAUAUUUAAUAUAGAACAAUAAAUAACUUUAAGAAUAAAUGGAAGUAAAGAAAAUACAUUUAUUGCCGCAGAACAAUACUGUUCUUUUACGUAAUUAAAAUUUUAGCAACAUAACAGUAAAUAACAUUAUUCAAAAAUAAGUGACAUUGGACAUAAACAGCAGAAUUGUGCACGCCCAUAUGCAAAUUAGCAGUAAUUUUAUAACACUUCAGUUGUAGGGUUCAAUAAAAAAUAUGAAGAUUUUGAAAGCACUCAUUUAUUCCACCGUACCUGCAUACGAAAAGUAACGAUACACCUACAAUUUUUAGUGGUUCUUUCAAAAGUUUUAACACACGAUUCAGAUAUUAUUUUAGGCUGCUUCCUAUAUCGAUGAGGCUUGAUUCCAUUCAUGAGGCUAAUGUUCACACAGACAAAUCAUGUUUACAUACUGGUCUACGAGCAACACACAUGACGUACAUAAAAUCCCUUUAUAUGACUAGAAGAUCGUGGUGUGGAUUGCAAAUAUACAGAAUGGGCUCAAUAGUCUACGCAAAAAGAAUAAUUUUGGAUCGUUACUGUGAAAUCACGAAACAUGAGAACUAAUUGGGACCGAAAUUAAUUAAUAAGCUUGCAUUAAAAAAAAUGGCAAGACCAUCCUCUGUAAACAACACAUAUUAAAAGAAGCUAUUGCUGAAAAUGCAAGUCAUUCAGUUCAGGAACUAUCAGACAAAACGCAGUACAUGAUCAUUUGAAGUAGACUGGAUAUGUAAGCCGCUACGAUAUAGGGUACUCUAUACUUUUAACAGAGCAGAAUAUGCUCGUUUGUGUUCUGGCACGUGAUUCCUUGCUAGAAAAAUUAAAGCUUUUCUUUGAAAUGGCGAAUUACCGGAAAUGAGAAGUGCAUAAAUAAUAAUGUUGCAAGAAAAAUAUCUAAUAAAUAUUUUCCAGACCUUUCAAUGAGGUGUGAAUGAACAUCCCACUACAUCCCCAAAAGUAAUGCUUUGUGUAUAGUGGGAUUGCAAAGGAGCAGUACACUAUGAACUGUUGCCACCAAAAUCAGACAGUAAAUUAUAAAAAAUGCUGGUUCCAAAUGGCAGAUUAAAAAAGAAAAAUCGAAAAUAGUAUGUUCCUAAAACAGUUGAAUUAUGUUGUCUAUUAUAAUGAAGAGACUGAUUUUUUUUUUUUUCAUUUCCAGGAAGUUCUUUCUCAAAUUUUUGCAACAUUAUACGAUUACCCAGCGCUAAAGAACUGCGAAGGACUCAAGCAUUAUGUGAAAGACUGUGUUCGAUUAGCAUGGAGCUUGUCCAAUCAGUACCCAUCAUUCAUCAUUGAGUAUGAUGCCAGAACUUUCCGUAGGGACCUUCAUGUUCGUUUCCAUUCAUCCAAUCAAGAAUCUGAUCAUAUCAAGACAUACUUAUGGCCCACUCUCUUAGAAGGAAGAAAUGGGCCUUGUGUUCAUAAAGGUGUUGUGAUUACAUGAUCCUAUACCUUCUUAAGGAAAUGAAGAUUCCGUUCGCUUACACACGCUAUUUAUUUUACACAUAUAUAUGUACAUAUAUUUGGAAUGAUACAUAUUUCUCUCUAGUAAGAUUUUGAUAUACAAUGAAUUUAUAUAUUCAUUAUAGAAGCAGGUUAAGGAAAAGUGGCCAGAGCUGACUAAUCUUGGACGCGUUGUUAUCCAUCGUAAUCAUAUCAUCCUCGGCUCCCCAUUUCGAAGAAUGUCAGACAAAAACUUAUUAAGUACGGCUUAGAUGUUUUGAGUCGUCCGGGUCCCCUUAUUUUCCAGACCUUUCAAUACACCUCAGAUUUUCAUAUCUACGAGUCCUUUCAAAAUUCUGUGAAUGGCCUGGAGUUCAUUUCCUUGGAGACUAUCAUCAAUAACAAACAAUAAACCAAAUGAAUUUUUUUUUUAAGUUUCCCAGCUGCCUGCGAAAUGACAAAAUGUCAUAGCAUAAAAUGGUGCUUAUGAGAUUCAAUGAAAGUUUUUUUUUUGCAUCUUAAUUUAUUAAUCAUCCAAAAAAAAUAAAAACUGUAGAACUUUUUGGUUGACCUUAUACUUGAAACUAAGACCUAAUUUAAAUUUUAUUUUUAGUCUCCUAAGAUUUUAAUAAAACGAUUUCCUUUCUCUAACAAAAAAUAUUAAUUUUUAAGCUCAGAUUAAGUAUUAAUUGAAAUUAGUAAAAUACUAGUUUUAAUUUUAUCAAUUUAAAUAUUUUUACAUUGUUUCUGGAAACUAAAAGUGUAUGAUAACGUUUGUAGGACAUCAUACACACAACAAUUUCAGACUUUCAUUUCUAAAAUUUGCUGAGAUUUCAUGCAUUAACUAAGAAGCAUUUUUUUUUUUUUUUUUUUUUUGAUUUAGAGAGGUCUGCAAAAUUUUAAUUUAGACAACAAACCACUUUUGCCUGCUGCUCAAUUUCAUUUUUAAUUCUCAAUGAACAUAUAUUAACUAUUUGAUACAGUCUAUUAAAUUCAAGUUUAUAGCAUCUGACAAAAACUUUACUGUCAAAAUAAUUUUUUUUUAUUGACAGGCAUCUGGCUUAUUCAAAAAUGUGAUAUACACUACAUAAAUCAUGUCAAAAUUAUUUAAAUUCCUCAGUUGAUGAAUUAGAUUUCCUACACUUUUCAUUUAUGUUAGUUACUGCCUUGAAUUCUAAUCAUAGUGGGUGCUGUAGUCAGAUACUUACCUGCAAUUAAGGUGAUCCCAGAGAUGAUUCUGACGAAAAACUCAAUGGAUUUGCUAAAAAUAAAGUGGGGAUAAUCAGUGUCACACAGAUACAUUGGUUUAUUUCCUGCCUGAUGAUGUUCUCAUUCUUUAAAUGAUAUAUGGCAUGGAGGCAACCACAACACAUGCAAAACAAACUGGUACACGAUCAAAAAAAAAAAAAAAAAAAAAA